UUUGUUUUUGCGAGGGAGUUGUUAAUCUAGCAGCUAGGUCUGUGGUUGAAGUGGGUUCACUGAAGGGAUUGUGUGUCUUUUGUCGUCAAACUUUCUACGAUGACGACGGCAAGCAAUGGUUGAUCUCUCCGUCAAAGACAGGGCAGAUACAUGUUUGUGCUACAUUCUUCAGCAGUUGAUUAAACAGCUAAAUUGCCUUGUGUCACAAUGAGUGUCCUGUGACGGUUGUUCACAGCUACCGCCAGCAUGCACACUGCCGAGACUUCUCCCAUUAACCUUUUACUUUGGGGUUGUGGUAAACGAAAAAUCCGCUACCUUUAUCUUGGAGACAGUUCUUUCUCAGUGACAAAGGCCGACACUGAAGAGAAACAAGUGAUUCCUUUGUUUCUGGGAGCGGAUCUGUACUCUGACACAGAUAUUCGCAGUGAAAACCAUACAAGAUAUCACGCCAAGUUUGCCAAAAAGGGAUUGGCAGCAAAGCUGGUGUUUUCCUCUGAGCACCGGUUUCAUGGGUUAAGGGUUUCUUGUGGAACCAACAGUUUGUGGUUCUACAGUGUCCAGGGCGUCUUGCGUGUGGCCUUUGAGCUGUACAGCAAACAGGAACAGCUUUCUGUGCUGGAGUCUUUCCAGGACUUGUGGAAAUCACGGCUGAAUGAUGACCUCCUGAAAAUGACAUACCAAGUCACCAGGAGAUUAGACAGUCCAUCACCACCACCCCAGAAUACCUUGACGACAGCACAUGUAGACACGCACAGAAGGAAGACCACAGAGGACACUCCAAAUCAUUGUGUCCGUGCGCCUGGACCACAUGGACCCGAACAUAAGAAGGACACACCUCGUAUCACACCAGAUGCACAUGUCCAAUCCACACUUGAUGCAGGACCACUUGAAACUUCACACCAGAACAACCUCGAUGAAAUACCAGGUGAGCAUCCCCAUUCCCCAGGACCAUUUGAAAACAAACAUCAUGACUCACCUGGUGAUGACACACCCUCAGAAGACCACGCCUACUGCUCACCUGUGAAAACAAUACCGCCUGAUACCACCAACCCAACAUGCCAGCUUUCCCAGGCUCUCACAAGCCUACAAUCAAAACUUCAGUCAUUCCGGAAUGUUGCAUCUGAUCAGAUGCACACCACCAUCCUUAGCUUGCUGAGUCUGGCCGAGAACUGUAUUGAUGGUGAGAGAACACUGGACGAAGAGCGCUGGGCCAAAGCCGUGCUAUCCCUGCUCCAGCUCCAAACACCCGGCUCCCUGUCCGUCUACAGCAGCCCCUUGCUCCAGGCUGUAGCCGGCUGGCUGGGACGCUGCUUCCAUGCCGCACACAGCUGCAUCAGCCAGCAGGUGGAGAGCUUCAAGGUGCGCCACAUCGAGCACAUCAGCGACCUCCCGCCGGCUGAGGAGCUGGCUGCCGAGCUCUUCCCCGAGGCCAUGAGGACGCUGCUGGUGAACUGGAUGGGGCUGAGCGAGGAAGCAGCGUUAUGGAAGAGGCACAGCGAGUUCCCCAUACUCCUGCUCAUCCUGGAGUUCGCCAACCAUAACCUCAUCACUGGGGUGGCUCAUGUGCUCUACUCCAGCCUCAUCUGCAAGUAGUUUUUGGCUCAGCGCUGAUUGAAUGAACACACUUACUGAAGCCACUUACCAAUGAGUUGAACAUGCGUUUUAUGAAAAGUAUGAAUUACACUUUUCCACCAAUGCAUUCCAACUACAGUAGGAGUAGGGCUGGGCAAUAUGACGAUAUAUACUAUCGUUAUCGUGUGUAUAUCGUGUGUAUAUCGUGACCUUUCUACUAUAUCGUGAUAGUAAUUUUAUCAAAUUUAUACAAUUGAAUAUCAUUUAAUUACAUUUCAUGUUGUCACAAUACACAAUAUAAGUUUAUGUAACUGUAAAAAUAAUAAAAAGAUCCAUUUUAAAGAAAGGUUGUUUUGUGACACGAAAAAAUAAAGAGAAAAUAAAGAGAAUAACUGAAAACGUA